CGGUUUCGCACUUCCGGUUGUUACUUCUAUCUACAGUAUGAUAGGUUCUUGAUGGAGGAAACUGUCGUCAUAAUGCCCAAAGAUGAAUCAGAUAACUGCAAUUAUCUUCUGCCAAUUUGACCCUGUUGCAGGACCUAAGAUAAGUUGUCAGGUGCCAACUGACUAUAUCAGUAGUAAAGGGUUUGAUUCCAUACAUAACUACAUAAUAACCAAACCAGAGCUCCAGGAAAGACUCAUCACAGUGACUGCACUAGAUCAUAUCAUCCUUGGUUGUCCUGUUGUCAUUGACAACCCAAAAUAUGCCAGAAAUGCUCUCAUCUUCAAUCUGUGCUUCGUGUUUGACAAAUCCAUGGACACAUCCAACUAUGAGCCUGUUGUAAAGAAGCUGGCUGCCUACCUCACACAGCUGGAGAUGGAGAACGGUCUCUUAUCUGAUGAUCAGAGUAAGGAACGUUUACCAUCGUUUCUUGCUGAGUUGCUGUCCAGUCUAAAUAAUGAUGGUACCUGCAGUAUACCUAUGGGUGAGUCAUGUACGGUACACCUGAAGGUUCCCCCUAUCAUACAGGACCCUCCCAACAUUCAGGACCAUGAUGUACCCAUCAUUAUUAAAGACAAGAAUUUACUGAACCUGGCCUCCCUGGACCUCACCACACAACAGGUGCUGAUGUAUAUCGAUGGGUUUAACCAUGUAGCGAGAAUAGCCGCGGAGGCUGACGUUGAGAGGAACCUGGUGAAGGUGUGUCUACAGAACUUGUUGCAUUACAAGAUCAUCAAGAUCAUCUCCAUUUUCCAGUACUCCAACAUGUAUGCAGUCACACCUCAGAUUCCAAAGCUGGUCGAAGACCGUCUGUUACAGGAGGAGUGUGUUCGUUUUGUGGCUAGAAAAGCGGGGGAUUACCCUAACUUCCGUGAUGUCUUCCUGUUGUACUCUGGUCUGACUGUAGGAACUACGGUAAAAGACCUUUGCUGCAGGUACAACCCUCAUGCUAUGAAAAUUGAUGAAAAAAAACUUAUCCAAUUUGGUCUGAUGAAAGGGUUCAUACGAAGACUACAUAAGUUUCCAGUCUACUUGCCUGCUGAAGCUGAGGUAGCAAGCAGCAAGCUCCACGGGCUGUACAGUCUGUGUACAGGGCUACACAGCUACGAUGAAAUCUGUACCAAAUUAGGUAUAACCUACCAAACGUUGGAUGAAAAGAUUGAAAAUGAUCCUAAUGUGGUGCUGUGCUGGAAGUGAUCGAUGGAGACCAUUGAUUGUGUUGUGCCAAAGACAGUUAGAACACCAUACAAAACUCUUAUUCUAUUCCAUGUCUAUAACUGACAGUCGACAUAAGGAAUAUAGUCAAGAUUUCAGUCCAGGAUUAUUUUCAAGAGAAACACGUGAUAGAGGGGGGUAUAUGGAUGUGAAGUGUAUGUUGCACUCAGUUAAAACAGAAUAUGAACUUAUACAUUGUGGGUCAGUUUAACACACGAUAGUGUACAGGUUAUAUUGUGGAUUUGUUUUCACUUGUCUGUUUCAUCAGAAGAAGUGCUUUACUAUACCUAUAUCAUAAGGUACUUGUAUUUUGGAAGAAUGUCCAAAGAUUUUGAAAGUCAAGUUGAUAAAAGUUCAUGCCAGCCGAGUCGGACUUAUAUCUAUAAAUGAAAAGCUUCAAAGAACAAAUGAAUGCUUAUGUUACACUUUACUUGUUCAGCAGGACUGGGCCGAAUAAUCAUACAAUUGACCACAUAUAUAUCAUUUGAUAAUUGAACUUAACUUGUAUUAUGUUAUACAUGUACAUGUGUAGUGGGACAGGGAUGGAUGGCUAGAUUAUCUUGGUUUAGUGAGAAUUACGUAACCAGCUAGCACUGAUUAUGUGAUGAUUUUGAUCUAAUCUAAUAAGAUAUUUUCAGUACGACAAAGGAGUGAAAGAGAGGAAAUACGAUUAGUAUUUUGUUGCUGUUUUCAUUGUUGACAUGUUUUCAAAUUAAAUUAAUAAACUCAUAAAAGUUC